ACGCUUGCCGUAAACCCUACAAAAACUUUCUUCUGAACCACUCGGACAUUUGCUAUUCAAUUUGGAUCUGUGAGGUUCAGGCAUCGUGUGUCUGUGAUAUUCUGUUUCUACGUCUGUUUGUUUGCGCAUAUUUUUUGGAUUUCAACCGAACUCAAGAUGUUUCUGACCAGGACCGAGUACGACAGAGGCGUUAACACUUUCUCUCCUGAAGGGCGACUAUUUCAGGUUGAAUACGCCAUCGAGGCAAUCAAGUUGGGUUCGACUGCUAUUGGGUUGAAGACAAAGGAAGGCGUUGUGCUUGCUGUCGAGAAGCGAAUAACUUCACCUUUGCUGGAGCCUAGCAGCGUGGAGAAAAUUAUGGAAAUUGAUGAGCACAUAGGAUGUGCAAUGAGUGGAUUGAUUGCUGAUGCUCGUACACUUGUUGAACAUGCACGUGUUGAAACUCAGAAUCACAGGUUUUCAUAUGGCGAACCGAUGACUGUUGAGUCUACCACGCAAGCUCUAUGUGAUCUUGCCCUACGUUUUGGUGAAGGUGACGAAGAGUCCAUGUCUCGACCUUUUGGUGUAUCUCUUCUUAUUGCUGGUCAUGAUGAGAAUGGGCCUAGCUUGUACUACACAGAUCCAUCUGGAACAUUCUGGCAGUGCAAUGCGAAAGCUAUUGGUUCAGGUUCUGAAGGAGCAGACAGCUCUUUGCAGGAGCAAUAUAACAAGGACUUGACUCUUCAGGAAGCUGAAACAGUAGCACUUUCGAUCUUGAAGCAAGUAAUGGAAGAAAAGGUCACUCCAAAUAAUGUUGAUAUUGCGAAGGUUGCUCUUACUUAUCAUCUUUAUUCUCCAUCUGAGGUUGAGGCUGUCAUUAGUCGUCUAUAAAGAGAAUAACCUCAUCAUCCAUGUACUCUCUGCAUUUUGGUUUUCAUCCUAAGCAAUUCCAUCCAUUUGUGCGUUGCUGUCUUUGUUUCUUUUGGAGAAAGAUUGACAUUCAUGUAUGUGUUGGGGAUUCUACCCAGGAAACCUAUGUUUGUGUUCUUAACUGAUUCAUUAGUCGGUCAUUAAUCACUCCAUAUGUUUUGAGACAUUCUGAAGUC